CUGGCUGGGACCCAUGGAGCCCGGGGUGCUGGCCCCGCACAGCCUUCCGCACCACGAGCCAAUCAGCUUCGGCAUCGAUCAGAUCCUGAGCGGCCCCGAACCCCCGGGAGGCGGCCUAGGCCCGGGGCGCGCGGGCCAGGGCCAAGGGGAGAGUGCGGCUUUCUCGGGCGGAUUCCACGGAGCCUCGGGCUAUGGACCCGCAGGCUCGCUGGCCCCGCUGCCCAGCUCCUCCGCAGUGGGCCCGGGCGGCGUGAUCCGCGUGCCGGCUCACCGCCCGCUGCCCGUGCCUCCGCCCGCGGGAGGCGCCCCUGCGGUGCCGGGGCCCUCGGGUUUGGGCGGCGCCGGGGGCCUAGCGGGACUCACCUUCCCCUGGAUGGACAGCGGCCGCCGCUUUGCCAAGGACCGGCUCACGGCUGCGCUCUCGCCCUUCUCCGGGACGCGCCGCAUAGGCCACCCGUACCAGAACCGCACGCCGCCCAAGCGGAAGAAGCCGCGCACGUCCUUUUCCCGCUCGCAGGUGCUGGAGCUGGAGCGGCGCUUCCUGCGCCAGAAGUACCUGGCCUCGGCCGAGAGGGCGGCGCUGGCCAAGGCCCUGCGCAUGACCGACGCACAGGUCAAGACCUGGUUCCAGAACCGGCGCACCAAGUGGCGGCGCCAGACCGCAGAGGAGCGCGAGGCCGAGCGGCACCGAGCGGGGCGGCUGCUCCUGCACCUGCAGCAGGACGCGCUCCCACGGCCGCUGCGGCCGCCGCUGCCCCCGGACCCGCUCUGCCUGCACAACUCGUCGCUCUUCGCGCUGCAGAACCUGCAGCCCUGGGCAGAGGACAACAAAGUGGCCUCCGUGUCCGGGCUGGCCUCGGUGGUGUGAGCUGCGCUGCCGGAGCGGUGCAGUGCACCGGCCCGAGGCGGUGAAGCGCACCGCUGCCCGCAAACGUGGACUCGGGGCAGCCGAGGUAUGAGGAGCAGCAGGACUUGCGACACCGUCGAGGGCUCCUUGGCCACCCGCGGGCACUCAGGCCAGCACUGAGCGGAUUCCUGCGCGAUCAGACUUGGCCUUUCCCGCCAUUUUUCACCGACAAGCUGUUAAACAGCGGCUGGGACUCGCGGCCCCCCAGAGGGCGGGACCUGCAGGACAGUAGCCAAUCAGGUCUCUGCGAUUCUGCUCAGAGCCAAAGGCUGGCUGAGACAAGGGAAGCUCAAUUCGCUGCAUGAGUUCCAGGAGUUCUCCCCGAA